CGAGAUUUCAUUGAGUUGAGAACAAAAAAUUUGAAUAUUCGUCAAAUUUUUAAUUAAGAUUUAAUUUUUUUGAAAUUUAAUGUAAUUAAAAAGUGAGUGUCAAUAGUUUUCGGUUAAAUUUCAAGUUGCGCACCUGAUUCAUUGAUCUUGAUCAUCGGGUGUUCAAUUGCAAGUUAGAAUAAUCAGAAGAAAAAAAUAAAUUAAAAGGUUUCCUUUUACUUAAUAAUGAUAAUAUAUAAUAUCAAAAAAUUCAUUAUAAAGUAUAUUGACGCAUCAUAAAAUUGAUUCUAUAAAGAACGAGAAGAAGCUUGAACACUUUCUCUUGAUAUUCAUCAAUUUUCUAAGGAAAUAGUUGAAGGUCUAACUGAAUAUAGUCUGCGAGAUAUUAAAGCAGUAUUUAUUACAAAGACUGAUUGUUGACUGCCUUAAUAGAGGAGCAGGAAGAGAAGCAUUGGUGCUCGAUUCACAGAGCAAACAUUAGUACCUUAAAUAAGAAGUUCAAAAAUGGCGCUUGAUUUCAUAGCAGGAUGCUUGGGUGGUUGCGCGGGUCUCCUUGUCGGACAUCCAUUUGACACAGUAAAAAUUCACUUACAAACGCAAGACUAUAAAAAUCCACUUUAUCGUGGCACGUACGAUUGUCUGAAGAAAAUUGUGCAAAAAGAAUCACUCAGUGGUCUUUAUCGCGGCCUUUCAUCACCUUUAGCCUCAAUUUCCGUACUUAAUGCAAUUGUAUUUGGUGUUUAUGGAAGCGUUCAAAGACAAUCAAAAGAUCCAGAAUCAUUAAUUGCUCAUUUUUGUGCUGGCUCAGCAGCUGGACUUAGUCAGACGUUAAUUUGCAGUCCUAUGGAACUUGUAAAGAGUAGGAUGCAAAUUCAAAAUGACAUUCCUAGUGCUGUAAAGCACAAUAAUCCAUUUGCAUGCCUCAAACACGUGUGGAAGCACGAAGGAAGAAGAGGAGUCUUUAAAGGACUUGGUAUCACAGUUGCAAGAGAUGUUCCAGGAUUCGCAUCAUACUUCGUCUCAUUUGAAAUGAUGAUGAGACAGACAUCAAAUCCAAGUGCAUUCUACACACUUAUGGCUGGUGGUCUAGCUGGAACAUUCUCAUGGGUCAUAUCAUUUCCAGUUGAUGUUGUAAAGUCACGUCUGCAAGUCGACGGCAUGGAUGGAAAGCCAAAAUAUAAUGGAGCUAUGGACUGUAUUAGAAAAAGUUAUGAAGCUGAAGGUGCUGCAUUUUUAACUCGUGGACUAAACUCAACGUUACUCAGAGCAUUUCCAAUGAAUGCUGUUUGUUUCCUGGUCGUAACAUAUGUCAUGAAAUUCUUCCAGAAUCCACAGUCAAUAGAUGUCUCAUUAUCAAAAGCUGAGCCAUUGCCAAUCAUUGACUAUAAUCAAGGAUUUAUCACACGAAUAUUCAAUCGAAUAGAUUUUGAUUCACAACAUAAGCACAGAAAGUUCAGAUACAUGAUAUUUUUGGAUGGAUUCCAUGAAGCAGCUUGUCACGCUGAUAUGGUUCAUUUAUCUGACACACUCAGGGAGCAGAGAAAGAGUUAUGAAUAUUUUUACAGGAUAAAUGAUGGAGUUUUAAAUCAAAACUUAACUGAGGAUGAUAUGAGAGUUCCUAUAAAGUAGCAUUUAAGGAUAUACAUAUAUGUAAAAAAAAUCAAUAAGGCAGUUUUUCUUAAUUAGUCAUUAAGUGAUAGGUUAUAAGAAAAAAAUAUUCAUGACAAUAAAUAUGAUAUUGAAGUGCAAUAGGAACAAAAGACACAAAGACAGACACACAAAAUUUAGCAUUUUAAAGUUUGUAGAAUUUUUUCAAUUUGGAACUUUUGUGCUGGAAAGUCCUUUUGUAAAUUUUCCAAAAUACUCGUGAUAUUUUCAUGAAUCUCUUCCAGCCUUUCCAUUUCAACGUCGAUGGC